UUCAGCUCCCCGCAAACCCCGCGCUGGAUUUCCGUCUCUCCAGAGCACAGGCGGCAGCAGCCUCACCCACCGGAGACGCCUCCCGCCGUGCCGCCAGGAGGACCUGGCCAGGGGGACCCUGAGCCUUCAGGUUUUCCUUAUCAUCUAAAGAUAAAAUAUGGACCCUGAAGCUGAGAUAAAGAAGCAAGUAAACCCUUUCUACUGCAAUAUUUGCAAAAUCUGGUGUGCUUCUGCAUUAAACUUGCAGACUCACUUCCUUGGAUUUAAACACAAGACGGUUGAAGAAGCACUGAAAGCUCAUGGCAUUGUUAAAGCAGCAAGUGGCUCAGGGGAGCAAGUGAAAACACCUGUAAAACUUCCUGAUUAUGUGCAAACUGAGCCAGAGAGGUUUCAUGGACAGACCUUGGAAGAACAGCUUAAUACAUGCAAAGAUUCAGAACCUGCACUUGGACUUAAUUAUAUAGUUGAAUAUCGAUCAAAAGACAAUUUCACUUUUCUCUAUGAAUGUCAACUGUGCCAUUGUAAAACAGGAUUGAGUAACAUGUUCAUGCAUGUUUGUGGUUCCAAGCAUAGACUGGCAUACCUGAAACGACAUUAUCCUGAGAUAGCAGAAUCUGAUGAAGUUAAGGGUAAAGGCUCCGAACUGAACAGAAAAGUUAGGCAAGUUGCAUUAACAAUUGAGAAGAAAGAAGGAAGAAAACAAAUAAAGGUUGUUACAGGUGCUCCAAUAAUGAGGAGGAGAUGGCAAGAAUAUCCUAAUGCAGAUGACAGCCCUUCAAAAGCUAAAGUUCAGCAUGUGGAUAAGUCACUUAAUAAUGACGAUAAAACAGAUUCUAAAAAUAAGGAUGGAAAAAUGCCAGACCCUAUUCAAGAUGAAAAGAACGUUCAAGAGGAGCAGGAAAAAAGUCAGAAAGAACAGGCAAAACCAGAUGAGAAGAUUGAACCUAAUAAGGCUAUUGAAAACAGCAAAGACAACAACUCGGAAAAGUGUGAGACCAAUAAACAAUCGCAGGAAGAAAAGAAGGAAGUUGAGCAAGAAUUUACAGCAAAUCCUGAAGAAUUCACUAGUCAAGAAGAAUUGUUGGGUUAUUUGCAAAGUUUUGAGAUACUGAAUGAAGAUGAUGCUUCAUUUAUCCUAAAAGUUACACAGACUCUUACAGAUGCACUGGUGGAAUAUCGUCAGCAGGCUGCAUCAAACAAAGACCUCUUAGACGCUGAAUAUAAUGGAGAAGCAGCAUUGGAAUAUUCCACAGAACAGUCUGACCUGACUUCAGCAGAUAUUAGUGACUCUGAUACUGACUAUUCGAGCAACCGAUUGGCUAAGCAGUCCUUAUCAGUAAAUGAAGAAGAUGAACCUCAAAACUUUUCAACUGGGUCUUCGGAAACAGCAUAUGAGAACAACAUCACUGCUGAAUUUUUGAACAGUGUAAGAAACAUGAAUGUUGAGGAAGUUACUGCUACUCUACACAAAAUAGCAGCAGCAAAUCCAGCUUUCAGAGGAAUUGAUAUUCCGAAUGUUAUAAGGAUCCUGACUGAAAGCGGGACUCUGAGAAGACCAAGCAAUGGCAGCACACAGUGACGUGGUAGUUAAUAGAGUUAAUAUAGUGAUGUUUACUUUCUAUCUGGAUGGAAUUGAGAAUCCUCGUCCUAAUAGUUUCACAUCUUCAUAUCGUGGAAUGCAAGACGCCAUAAAAAUAAGGUAACAAAGAAAGCAGCAACAAAAUUGGUUAGUUUUGUCCUAUGAACAGACAUGGGAAUGAAAUCAGUUCAAUGACUGUUAAAGAAAUUAAAAUACAAACCGCUGCUUUAAAGAAAUUGUGAAGAAUUUCUACAGCGUCUCUAAAUAUGUUCUUGUCAGAAGCAGAGACGGAACCAGAGCUCUUACAGCUCAUUUACUCUGUAAUAGGGACAAUGUUAAUGCCUGCUUAGUGAAGAUUAACUUGAUCCGUAAAAAACAUCUUUUGGUUGAUAUGAAAUUCUGAAUUCUGUUCCUGUAAUACAGAAAAUAAAAAUAGAAACAUCUUUUUGUUUGUUUGCUUUCAAAGUGCAGAACAUUCUAUCAAUUAAAAUAAUAAAAUCAGAAUGUUCAGCUGUUGUAAGUGGCCAUCUCUGGGACAGCUUCUUUUUUCUCUUACUGUGGAAUCAUUCCUAGUGGAAAUAAAAUUAAGUUGAAAUUACUUAGAUUUGAGUAUUAUUAUUUUUUUUUCGGUGGGUGCAGGGGGACCAUGCUGGAAAGAUGCCUGAACCUAUAACACAGUGAUAAAAUGGUUUGAAUGGUAUGCUGCAGAGUGCUGCUGCACUUCUCAAAGACAGCUGAGAAAACUGAACUGCACAAAAAUCAUAAAGCGUAUGCUUCUGGAAGUGUUUUUUGAUAACAGUCUAGCAUUGUCUGUUCAGUUAUACUACUAUUUUCCUCUUGAAACUUUCUUUUUUUCUGGUGCAAAUAGAGGCUGCAAAAAAACUACGUUAUUUUCUUCUUGUUAUCUGCCUGUGUUUUGUGAUGGCUUGGUAUAUUCUUAUGCUAAUGGAAAAUUUUGUUUGUUGCAAAACGGUUUUUAAGAAAUAAUAUCUUGUGCCAGCAUUGCAAAGUAAGGAAAAAAACAUUUUCUUUCCUAAUUAUGCUUUUAAAUGAUGUUGCUGACUGUAU